AUGUCAACGCCGGAAUCGGAUGACACUCCACUUCUGGGCGUCUCUCAACCCAUCUCGCUGGCCCGUCCCGAUGCCAAAGAUCUGGCUCAGACGGCGUUGCUAGAGGAGACGCUCAGAGAGUUCAAUGCGUACGAGCCGAGAGAGGAGACGGAACAGCGUUUGGAGGUGCUUCGCAGUCUGAACAAACUCGUCAAGGAAUGGGUGAAAAAGGUCACUGCCAUCAAGGUUAGCUAAAAUUUCUGAACUCUGAACCAUAAAAGCACUUUCAGAUUCCGAGCGGUGAAGGGGCGAACGCCGGAGGAAAGCUGUUCACGUUCGGGUCGUACAGACUGGGAGUGCACUGCUCGGGCGCCGAUAUCGAUACGCUUGCGGUGGUGCCACGUCACAUCGACCGUGUGGACUUCUUCACCUCGUUCAAAGAGAUGCUCAGCCAGGAUCCGAACGUCACCGAGCUGCACGCGGUCGAGGAAGCCUUCGUGCCAGUGAUGAAGCUGAAGUACUCGGGCGUCGAACUCGAUAUUCUGUUCGCUCGUCUCGCUUUGAAAGAAGUGCCCGACACGCAGGAAUUGUCCGAUGACAUGCUCCUCAAGAACCUCGACCAGGAGAGCAUCCGAUCGUUGAACGGAUGCCGAGUCGCCGAACAGCUUCUGAAGUUGGUGCCACGUCAGAAGGAGUUCUGCGUCACUCUGCGCGCCAUCAAGCUGUGGGCCAAGAACCACGGAAUCUACUCGAAUUCGAUGGGAUUCUUUGGAGGAAUCACCUGGGCCAUUCUUGUCGCUCGCACGUGCCAGCUCUAUCCGAACUCCAGCCCAUCGAAGCUCGUCCAGAGAAUGUUCUUCAUCUUUUCCACGUGGACGUGGCCGCAUCCGGUUCUGCUCAGCGAGCUCAACACGGAUCGCACCGACAUGCCGACGCUCUGCGAUCUCGUCUGGGAUCCACGGCGCAAGAAUUCCGACCGUUUCCACGUCAUGCCUAUCAUCACGCCGGCGUUCCCGGAGCAGAAUUCCACCCAUAAUGUGACUCGAUCCACGUCUGCAGUCAUUCAGGCCGAAAUAAAGGAGGCGUUGGACAUCUGCAGAGAUAUAACCGACGGAAAGGGACAGUGGAAGGACUUGUUCGAGGAAGUUAACUUCUUCAGUCGCUACAAGCACUUCAUUGCUCUGAUCAUGGCGGCGCCGAACGAGGAAGAAGAACUGAACUACGGUGGAUUCCUUGAGUCUCGCAUUCGUCUGCUCGUUCAGAGCCUCGAGAGAAACUCGGAUAUUCUCAUAGCGCACAACGAUCCGAACAAGCACAAGCCGUCCGAAAAAGCGAAAUUCGAUGUGGAGCCGGAGAACACUCGCAUAACCGUCUGGUUCAUCGGACUUGAGUUCGCCGAGCACGCGAAGAAUCUGGAUUUGACAAACGAAAUCGCUCGUUUCAAGUUGAGUGUGGAGAGUCAGGCGGGCGCUGUUCGCGGAAUCGGUCCGAACUCUCAUGUGCAGGUUGGCAUUAUUUUGUGAAGAGAGAAAGCCGUAAUCACUGUUUUCAGAUUGACAUGUUCUACGUGAAGCGCAAUCAUCUGAUCCAGGUCAUAUCCUCGAAAGAUCUGAAAGCUGGACGUCGCUGGAAGAAGCCGGCGAACGGAGUCACCGCUGCCUCGGUCAGUUCUGCGCAGAAGAACGCCGUCGUCCGCACCGCUAGCUCGAGCUCCGUUCCGACGACGCCGACCUCGAUUGUCGCUCCGAGCACGCCGCUGAACACCACGAUGGAGGCCGAUUCGACGACGACGGCGAGGUCGAGCGAAACUUCAGUUCGUCGCAAGAGAGAAUCCGAUUCCGAAACGGCUGAUCUGGCGACUGCAGGCACUUCCGAAGGACCGUCGGAGAAGAGACCGCGCGAGGAGACACUGGAGCCGGUGGUCGAAAUGAUGCUCGAGGUCGCGGACGGUGAGCAGGAGGGACCGAGAAGCGACAGGACUCCGGAGCUGGCCGAACUCGAAUCGGAGAGCGAGCGAUUGAAUGCGACGAACGGACUGGAAGCCAGCGAGCACAAGAUGGAGGAGGUGCCGCAGACCGUCUAA